AUGUGGUGCUGCGCCGGCGAGAGGGAGGAGUACCACGGCCCGCCGCCCGGCAGCCUUGCCAUGCCGCCCCCGCGAGCACCAGCGCAAGCGAGAGGGCCGAACGCGCCGAGGAACGGCGUGGGGCCAGCCAAGGUGCUGCCGAUCGACGUCCCGGCGGUGACACUGGCGGAGCUCAACCGCCUCACGGGCAACUUCGGCGCCCGGUCGCUGGUCGGGGAGGGGUCCUACGGCCGCGUGUACCGCGCCAAGCUAGCCACGGGGGAGACCGUGGCCGUCAAGAUGUUCGACAACGGCGGCUCCGGGCAGUCGGAGGCCGAGUUCUGCGCGCAGCUGUCGGUGGUGUCGAGGCUCAAGUGCGGCCACUUCACGCAGCUGCUGGGCUACUGCCUGGAGCUCAACAACCGGAUCGUGCUCUACGAGUUCGCCACCAACGGCUCGCUCUACGACAUCCUGCACGGGAAGAAGGGCGUGCAGGGCGCCGAGCCCGGGCCGGCGCUCACGUGGGGCCAGCGCGCCCGGGUGGCCCUCGGCGCCGCCAGGGGCCUCGAGUACCUGCACGAGAAGGUGCAGCCGUCCGUGAUCCACCGCGACGUCCGCUCCAGCAACGUGCUCGUGUUCGACGGCCACGAGGGCAAGAUCGCCGACUUCAACCUCACCAACCAGUCCGCCGACACCGCCGCGCGCCUCCACUCCACCAAGGUGCUCGGUACGUUUGGGUACCACGCGCCCGAGUACGCCAUGACGGGCCAGCUCACGCACAAGAGCGACGUCUACAGUUUUGGGGUCGUCCUCCUCGAGCUCCUCACCGGCAGGAAGCCCGUCGACCACACCAUGCCCAAAGGCCAGCAGAGCCUCGUCACCUGGGCCACGCCGAGACUGAGCGAGGACAAGGUCAUGCAGUGCAUCGAUCCCAAGCUCAACAACGACUACCCGCCAAAAGCAGUGGCCAAGCUCGCGGCGGUGGCGGCCUUGUGCGUGCAGUAUGAAGCCGACUUCAGGCCCAACAUGACCAUUGUCGUCAAGGCUCUCCAGCCACUUGUCGGUGCCCGUCCGGGAGGAGGAGAUCACUAG